AUGUAUAUUCCAUCAGCACAAAGUGUCCUAACAGCAGGACUUGCUCUGACCGGUAGUCUCAAAGAACCAAGUACCGUAGCCGAAGGAUCAGUGAUGGACUACGCGGUCGAGAAAUGCAAAGACUCGGAAGGCAAUACGAGAUGCUCGAAACCGUUCCUCGUCUCUAAGUCAACCUGCUAUCAGCUCGAAUGGCGUACAGAGGGAGCACUUACGCAUACUACCGCCGAGAUUCGUGAUAUAAAGUCAGGCGAGCUAGUUUUCUACCGCGAUACCAACGGUGAUUGGACUCCAGAAAAGGGAGAGCUCGUCUAUCUUGAUUUCAAGCCUAAGGUCCCGGCAACAGGAAACCAGACUGUGGAUUAUAUAGUCAAGACUUGUGAAUAG